AUGUUACCAUAUGCCUCUCAAUGGGUACUUACAGCAGCCCUUGUCCUCGUAUAUCUCACGCAAAGCACGUACACGACGACCGUAUCCCUACUUGAUCUACUGCCGAGAUGUGCUUCAAGAUGCCUUGAGGAUUUCAUAAGCACCGAAUAUCCGAGGGGCGCUUGUUCUGAGGGGUGUGACUUGAAUUAUCUAUGCACGACAGAAACAACCAGCGGCUAUACACUGGGAGAGGCGGGCUUGCGAUGCAGUCUUUCCAAGUGCUCCAUGGAGGUGGCUUUGAGUUUUGAUACCUACAGUAUAUGCGAGAAUGUACCUGGAGCAUUACCGCGGACUCAUCCUACAAUUGUCGCUACAAUAACGUCGCCUACUAACCCUACAUCUACGGUGGGACCUACCACUGUCAUUGCAACAGGGACGGAGACCACAGAUACUCCUACGACAACACGCCCCUUGUCAACAGAAACAGCCAACACGUCAACGUCACUAACAACAUCACAAAGCCAGACGUCCAGCUCUGAGAGCACAGAGCAUCCUAAGACGGAAACAGACAAGCCCACAGCGACGACAACGGAUUCAUCACCUAGCGCAACUUCUAGAGAAGCAUCCAAUGAGCCAGGCCAAGGAAGCAAUCUCAACUCUGGUGCCGUCAUUGGCGUCUCCGUUGCUUCUGGGAUCGCUGGUUUUUUCAUCAUCGGGGUCAUAAUUUUCUUCUGUUGCAGGAAGAUUAGGCGCAAGGCCCAGGAUCGUGAAUUCUUUGAGAUUGGCGGGCACAUGACUGAGCCUCCGGAUUUCAGCUUCCCCCCGAAACGGCCUCCGAUGGGGCCUCGACCAUCUCCUAAGAAGUUGUUUGGUACAGAUUCUGAGAGUGUCAGGCUCGUCCCGCCGGCGGAGGCUGAGUAUCAUGACCCAGCUCAGCAUCCAGCGGUCGUUGUCACCCAGCCCGAAGAAGACUACGAGUACGGCCGUAUGUCAACGAAGAACACAGACCGGGCGGGUUUUCAGUCUACCUCCAAUCUCGAUUUUGAUGCGGAGUCUACAGUCUCGUCUAGGACGGUAUCCGAUUUGCUCCCAGACAAGCCGACACUCUACCCACGGCCAUUACGGUGGAGUCAGCAGAAGAAGGUCAUACCUUCCAGCGGGGCAACUGUAUUUGAAGAAAACCACGCAAGACCAGCAAGACCAAGAAGGCUACCCAGUCCUCCACUCCAGCAAUCUGGUCUUGCGUCAGGAAUUGCAAGGGGACAAAAUAGACAUCUGAUGGCAGGGUUACCUGCUAACCCACGUGCAAUGAUGUAUGGCUUUGGAGGCCCGGGCUUAACACCACCCUGGAAAGAAUUCAAGCAUGAGAAGAGAUCCGUAUACCCAAGUGCCAAAGAGCAGGCGUCUCGGCAAGCCGCUGUACAUGGGACGCCCCCGUACCCGCCCGGUCAUAAUCGAGUAGAUUAUGACGAUGACCUUGAUAACUACUGGAAAAACUCCAACGCUGGUUUCGUCGGAGCUAAAGUGAUCCAGCCUCAGCAUCAACCCCAAUCUUUAGAUCCUAGUACAGCUCGCGGUGCCGGAGCGAAUCGGAAUUCAGUCAACGAUUAUCCAGGGUAUCAAUUUGAAUUUGGCUUUGGCGAUAGCAGUUCCAGCUCAGAAUCCCGUCGAGCAUCCCGCAACUCUGGGGGCUUCCGUCCACUUACCCCUGUGAGGGAGAUAAGGACACCACUGCGUGAAAUGCAGAAACCCACAGGAGAGAGCUCGAAUCAUGGAAAAUCAUCGACCACGAGAUAUUUAUCAACCACAAAAUCAUCCGGCCCAGGCCCGCGCCCCCUCCCUGGCCCACCUGUUCCACCGCAUCCUCCGCAAGAGGUUGUUUCUCGACCUCGGAUUGUCCGGCAAGACGACAUCAAGCGCGUCCAAAUACGUCGCGGCAAACCGUUGCCGUCACCCAAAGAUAGCGAGGUUACGGUUCCAUACUCCCCAGAUGACUUUUGGUUUGAGCCUAAGGACGAGCCCUCUUCCGCCUCUGCAUACAUUCUGCCCGCGCCUAGGAGUUCACCCAACUACAAGAAGUAUACCUCAAAGGGGCAGCUUGGAAUGCCUAAGAAGAAGCCGCUACCUCCAGAGCGGAACCUCACACCGUCGCGGAGAGGCGAAGAUUUGAUUCUUCAGGUGGAAUGA